AUGUCACAACAUCAAGGUACAUCUGCUUCUAAAAAUACUAAGUUUACUCUAAAAUUUAGUCUUCCUCCCAUGGGCGUCCCUGAUGAUGAGAUUCUGGAUGUUGCUCCUCUCUCAGUUAUUCCCGCCGCAGACAUUGAUUUGAACCAACCCAUCUCCAUUGAUGCCUCCGCUUCUGCAUUUUCCAAUCAAGGUAAUCCCUUUAGUAUCCUGUAUGGUUCAACUCCUGUCACUAAGCAUAAGGAAGGAACACACUAUAUUGAUCGUGUUAUAAGAGACCUAGUUACUAGAAUUCUUAAUGAAGGCCACUUUGUGAAGGGGGUUUCUACUCCCCUUGCUCAAAUGUAUCCCCCUCCCGAGGUUGAACAACCUAGUGGUAAGGGUGAUGAUUCCUCUAGUUCUGAAAAGGACUUGGCUUAUGAAGGGUUACGCUUUCUAGGAAAAACCAUGUCUAACAAAGGGAAAUUUGUGGCCUCUAACACUGCUAAUGCUUCCCACUCUGAGAAGCAUGAUGAUGCAAAUGUUAUUAUUGAUCUAGAGGAUGGUAGCUCUGAUGAUCAAGAGGAAAGCUUGAUUCAUCACAUAAAGCCAAGUGUGGCUAAUUGCAUGAAGACUCACAAAGGAAAAUAUGUGGCUGAACUUAUGUUAGUUAGAAAAGCUAAGAAGACUGCUGUCAUUGGUCCCUCCAAACCAUGGAGCAAGGUUGAAAUAAAGAAGAGAAAGGUCAGAGAUGAUUCUGAGCCUGAAGAGGAUGUUGAGGAAUAUGUCCCUGACAUCUCGCCUGCGAAGAAAACUACUGUUAGGAAGUCUCCUAUUAAAGUACAUGUUGUUCAUUUGGAUAACAUCUCCUUCCAUCUUGAGGAUGGAGUUGCUAAGUGGAAAUUUGUGAUUCAAAGAAGGGUAGCUGUGGAAAGGGAAUUGGGAAAAGAUGUUGCUGAUGUCAAGGAGGUCAUGGAUCUGAUACAAGCUGCUGGACUUUUAAUGAUUGUUGUUGGGUUCUCUCAAUGCUACGAAGGUUUAGUCAAGGAAUUUAUUGUUAAUACUCCCGAGGAUAUUUCUGAUAAGAACAACAAGGAGUUCUGCAAGGUGUAUGUGAGGGGUAAGUGUAUAACAUUCUCUCCUACUGCUAUUAAUAAUUUUCUAGGCAGAAAUAAUGAGGGUGCAGGAGAAUUAGAGGUUACAGACAAUCAGGUCUAUAGGGAGAUUAUAGCUAAGCAGGUGAAAGUUUGGCCUUUUAAAAAGCAUCUUCCUGCUGGGAAGUUGACUAUCAAAUAUGCUAUCCUGCAUAAAAUAGGAGCUGCUAACUGGGUCCCUACCAACCAUAUCUCCACCUUUUCUAAUACUCUUGUGAGGUUUAUUUUUGUUGUUGGGCCAAAAGUGAAAUUUGACUAUGGUAGAUAUAUGUUUGAUCAAAUCAUCAAGCAUGCAAUUACUAAUGCAGUUAGCUGCCAAUUGCUUUUCCCUCUAUGA